AUGGCGUCCCUGAUCCACGAGUUGGUUGCGCGAAGAACCAAAGACCAAUUCGCAGCCUGCACCCUCGACACAUGUCCGAUCAGUAGUUCCUACUACUUCUACCGCGUCUCGCUCGCCGCCAACGCGACCUUCCUGGCGCUCUUCGCCAUCUCCUUUAUCGGUUUCGCCGUCACGUUUGCGCUCACCAGGCGCGCACUGGCCUUCACAGUCGCUAUGUUGAUUGGAGUGAUAUUGGAAGUCAUAGGCUACGUGGGACGCAUAGAAAGCAACAAGAACCAGUGGCAGGAGAAUGGUUUCCUGAUGCAGAUCGUGUGCUUGACUAUCGCGCCUGCGUUCUUGGCAGGUGGCAUAUACUUGUGCUUGAGAAGAAUCGUCUAUGCGUUUGGGCCUGAGAACUCGAGGAUUAGCCCGGAAGCAUACACCCGGAUCUUUAUUCCAUGCGAUCUUGUUUCCCUGCUACUGCAAGCUGCUGGUGGCGGUCUCGCCUCCGCCGAAUCGCACUCAAACAAAUCCCCUGACACGGGCGAUAAUAUAAUGGUAGCUGGUCUUGCCUUCCAAGUCUUGACCCUCCUUAUAUUCAUGGUCCUCUGUGUCGACUUUGCCAUCCGCACUCGGCGCCGCUACAAGUCCAUGGGAGAAUCCGCCUUUGACCAAAACCCUCUCUACGUUUCAUUGCGAGGCAGCUGGCGAUUCAAGGGAUUCAUUGCUGCACUCACGCUCGCUACCAUUUGUAUAUUCUGGCGAAGUGUGUACAGAGUCGCGGAAUUGGGUGAAGGGUGGACGGGCAACUUGAUCCGACGCCAGUGGUUAUUCGUUGGAUUUGAGGGCGUCAUGGUUAUUGUAGCCUGCUUUGCGUUGAACCUAUUCAACCCUGCGUUUUCUUUCAAGGAGGCGAUGAAUGGGCUUGGCGGGCUCGGAAGUAAGAAGAGAAUAGCGAAGCAGGAGAACCAGGAGAAGGCGGUUAGUGGGAGUAAUAGCGAUGUUGAAGCUGUACCGCAGGCUAAGACGGUUGGUAUUUAG